AGAACUAAUUCGAGAAAUAAUUCGAGAAAUAAUUCGAGAAAUAAUUUGAGAAAUAAUUCGAUAAAUAAUUCGAGAAAUAACUCGAUAAAUAAUUCGAGAAAUAAUUCGAUAAAUAAUUCGAGAAAUAAUUCGAGAAAUAAUUCGAGAAAUAACUCGAGGAUUGGAUCAACAUCGACAUUAAAAUAUAGACAUACGUCCAGAUCUGUAAGUGGUUCUUGGUCAAACAGUUAUAAAAAUAAACGAAACAAUCAAAAAAUAAAACAUAAAAGAAGUAGUAAAAGUAUUGCAAGUUAUGAUACGAGUAGAAAUAGCAGCAGUAAUAAUAGUAGUGUAUUAUAUAAAAGAAAAACGACAAAACAUAAAAUUAAACAAAAACAAAAAAAUAGUUCCAGUUACGAGAAAAAAAGAAACGGACAUUAUUAUAAUAAUCACAAAGAAAGAAAAAGAGAAAAGAAAAUAGAUAAAAAAAAUUAUAAAUAUGGAGAUAGGGAUCGAGAUAGGGACAGAGAUAGAGACAGAGAUAGAGACAGAGAUAGGGACAGAGAUAGGGGCCGAGAUAGGGACCGAGAUAGGGACAGAGAUAAGGAUUAUUACAUGGGUCGGGAUAGGUAUAAAGACUAUAAGAGAGAUAAAAUAAGAUAUAAAUAUAAAGAUGAUAGAUAUAAAGAUGAUAGAUAUAAAGAUGAUAGAUAUAAAGAUGAUAGGUAUAAAGACAAUAGGUAUGAGGAUAGGCAUAGUGAUAGAUAUACAUAUAAACAUACUGAUAGGUCCACAAAUAGACAUGGAGAUAGAGAUAGAGAUCGAUAUAGAGAAAGAAAAUCGUCAGAAGCAACUCGAUCUGAUGAAGAAAAGUCUGAAAGUUCAUCAAGUAGUGAUAUAAAAAAUAAUAAUUUAAAAAAUAGAAAAAAGGAAAUAAAUAAAUAUGAAAAGGAUAGCAGUUUAUCAAGUUCAGACAAAAGUUCUAAUCGUUCAUACAUAUCGUCAUGUUCAUCUUCAAGGUCAAUUAAAAAAAAAAGUGUGGUUGAUUAUGUAGGAACUAAUAAAAAUGAUAAAAAUUCUUUAAAAAAAAAAAAAAGAAAUAGUUUGUCAUCAGAAGAAGACAGUAAAAUUAAAGUAAUAAACAAUAUAAUGAGUAAAAAAAGUUAUAAGAAUUCUAAGAAAAGACUAAGGGCUUGGUCGUCAUCAGAAAGUGUUGAAACUUAGCAAAAUAAAAUG